AUGCGUCCAACAGAGCUACCCAAAGAACCCUGGACCGAGUUAGCAAUCGACAUCUGUGGACCAUUCCCGACUGGUGAGUACAUUGUUGUUCUCACAGACUACUACUCCAGAUGGCCCGAAGCCAAGACCCUCAUAACCGUUACCUCCGCUACAAUUCUGAAGUGGCUCAAUUCCAUCUUCGCCCAACAUGGCUAUCCCACAGUCCUGAAGUCGGACAACGGCUCCUACUUUACCUCUACACAAUUCAAAACGACCCUACAGUCCUGGGGAGUCCAGCACAAAACCGUGAUCGAAUACUGGCCACAGGCAAAUCGUCAUCAAGAAACAUGUCCUCACAGCACAAGCAGAGCAAAAGGACUGGAGAGAAUCACUACCAAACCUACUUCUCCACUAUCGAACCACACCCCACCGAAUCACUGGACAGACCCCAGCAAAACUACUCAUGAAGAGGGAACUUCGAACCAAGAUCCCAGCAAUUUCCACGGUGGACCAACCAACAGAUUGGCACGAGGAAGUGCGAAGAAAAGACGAUAACGAGAAGUCGAAAGCGAAAGCAUACACCGACAAGAAACGUCAUGCAGCGGAACGAAAAUUUAUCGUAGGAGAUAAAGUUCUGGUCAAACAGAAGAGAAAAAACAAGUAUUCGACAAAGUUUUGCAAAGAUCCGAUGACAAUCACGAAGAUCAACGGAACACAGAUCGUGUUAACAGAUCUCCAUGGUAAACAGCACCGACGAAACUCUUCUCAUGUCAAGAAAUAUUGGACCACAUCAGAACCGAACAACGUAGAAGACGAGGAUUUCGUUGCAGAAUCCCAACUACCACAAAGCACCACUGAAGAAACUCCACCAGACAGCAACCCAAACAUUCCCAUCAUCCAACCAGACCCAACCCCGCUCCGCAGAUCCACACGAGAGAAAACCGUCUCAGAUCGCCUUAGAUAUUGA